AUGCAAGAGGUCAUCCCUUUAUUUCCACAAUCCGUCACAGGAACAGAGAAGGAAGGAACUCUUGCAAACAACCCACACAUGUGCACGCCCAGAGACAAGAAGAAGGAGGAAGACGACGACGACGACGAUGAUGAUGAAGAAGAAGAAGAGGAAGAAGAAGAAGACGAGGAGGAGGAUGAGGAAGAGGAGGAUGAGGAGGAGAUCGAUGUGGUUACAGUAGAGAAGAGGCGCUCCACAAUAAACAAGGCGUCACCCAUGGCGACGGGCACCGUCACCAUCUCUGUGCAUCCCAAGAGCCAAGACGGGAGAGGAACCGUCUCAGGGUCCGGCGUGGUGAGCCGGUUCGUCAGCCGAGCCCCCCAGGAGCUGAUCCUGAAGAGGAGCUCGGUCCACCAGCAGCAACACAAUUACGCAGCCCCCUCACCGUACGCUUCAGAUGACGACCCUGCGCCACCUUCAAAGAAGCAAAAGACAGAUAGCCCGCGACCUCCCACCAGAACUAUCUCCUCCUCAUCAUCAUCUUCCUCCACGUCCUGCAGCUCACUUAACAGCACGUCGGGGUCUCGCAGCAAGCGCAGCGCCAGCGGAGACAGCAGUCCGCGCGGCAGCUCCGACUCAGAGGACAGCGAGCGCCGGCGCAACCACAACAUCUUGGAGCGCCAACGCCGCAACGACUUGCGCUCCAGCUUCCUGACACUGCGCGACCACGUGCCGGAGCUGGCACACAACGAGAAGGCGGCUAAAGUGCUGAUCCUGAAGAAGGCCACCGAGUAUGUGAGCUCGCUGGAGACAGAGGAGACGAGGCUCCAGCAGGAGAAGGACAAGCUUCAGGCCCGCAGGCACCAGCUGAUGCGCAGGCUGGAGCAGGCUAGGACUCGCUAACAGACAACCACUACAACACAGAAACACUCACAUAUACCCUGGUUGACCCCCCUCCCUACCCCCCUUAGCUGCCUCAACUCAGUCUGUCUGAAACACAGUUAGAUGCACACACAUAGGUCUAUACACUUAAGCACAAACACAUAGGCCUGCAUAUCUGUUGUACAUGCGCACACACAAACAUCUCAGAGGACGUUUAUCUUUAUGACACACACACACACCUGGAGGAGGGGAGAGGGGUUGCUGGAGGGAUGCUCGGACUUUCACUGCCGCCACUUUUUUUGCACAUUUGUUGACGUUAAGAAUGUUUAGGGUUUACUUUUUCAAUCCAGUCACAUUGAGGAAACAUUAAAAAAAGAAAGAGAAAAGAAUGAGGGAGGACACACCUUGUUUUGGUCUUCCCUUCCUCUGGUUUUUAUAUCAUUUCUAUUUGUAUCUUGUUUUUUUUUUGUACUCACUGUGACACCAGCCUGGAAUCAGGUGAUUCCCACAGGGAUGGGGUGUCAGAGGGCACUUUGCUUGGAGAGUUCACGUACAAGAAGCAGUGCACACUUACUUUGCCUUCACCACUGCAAAAACUGAAGAGACUAUGACGACUUAGGCGUUAAGGGUCACAUAAACAAUGCCACUACAGGUUAUCUUUCUCUCACUCCUCUCACACUGGUGCUCAAACCAAGUCAGUGGAUGUAUAACUGUGCACCUUGCUAGCCGACACUUUUGUAUAUAACAAUAGUGUACAGACAAAAUACUCAGAUCUGCCUUGUUUUGUAAUACAUUUUGUCCUUGUUUUUUUUAUACAUGUCAGGAAGCUGCCAAUAACUAGACUGGAAGUUUAUAUACCUUUAAAAGUACUGUAAGGCCUCAAUUUUUGAGAGUCAUGAAACUUUGUAAUAUAACAAUAUAUUGUUUUUUCUUCUUUUUUUCUUUGUAUUGUAUCAUAUUACUAAUUCUACACACCUUUAUGCUUUUAGUGUGAACCUGAUACAUACUAAAUUUGAUACUUAUAUUUUCGUAUGAAAAUGAGUUCUCGGUAGAUAUCACUUUAUCUCGUCAUUUUUCCCCCUUCUAUCUCAAAUAAUUCUUUUGUACAGCAAAUGUGUUUUAUCCUCAUGUACCUGGCCUUUUUUUUUCUUUCUCUUUUGUUAAUAUUUGUAACUAUCGGGUGCAUAGAACUGGGUAAACGGAUAUAAGAUGUUUGUUUUUUUCACUUUUAAAAUGUACAUUUAGUGCUGCAACUCAUAGCACUUUGAAAUACCUCAUUUUGAAAAAUAAAUAGACAUCCUAAAAUCCU